AUGUCUCGCAUCACCUGUGAAUCUUUGCUUGAUAUGCAGAAUCGAUUAGUGGUUGAUGAAUUAAUGUUUGACAGACUUUCUUUGGAAGAAGAGCAUAAAAGACUGAUGAAUUUCCUCACUGAUGAGCAGAGAGUUGUUUAUGACAAAAUCAUUUCAGCAGAUAGAGCAGGUAAAGGAGGGUUAUUUUUCCUAUAUGGAUUUGGUGGUACAAAAAAAACAUUUAUUUGGAAUACUGUUUCGGCAUCUGUUAGAUCAAAAGUUGAUAUCGUACUUAAUGUUACUCCUAGCGGAAUUGCUUCCCUUCUGCUUCCUGGAGGACGAACAACACAUCCUAGAUUUCGUAUUCCUAUUAAAAUCAAUGAAGAUUCAACGUGUAAUAUAAAGUUGAAUUCUACUAUAGCUGAGUUGCUGUCAAAAACAAAGUUAAUCAUUUGGGAUGAAGCACCAAUGGUGCAUAAAUUUUGCUUUGAGGCUCUGGAUAGAACACUUAGAGAUGUUCUUCGAUUUUCUGAUCCAAGGUGUGUUGAUAUGCCGUUUGGUGGAAAAGUUGUUGUUCUAGGAGGUGACUUUCGGCAAAUACUACCUGUCAUUCCUCAUGGCAGCCGACAAGAGAUAGUUCAUACAACCAUCAAUUCUUCUAAUCUAUGGUCCCAUUGUCAUUUAUUAACGUUGGCCAAGAACAUGCGUCUUAAUUCUGGAAGUAGCACUCACAAUUUGAAGGAAAUUAAAGAAUUUUUUGAGUGGCUACUUAAAGAUGGGGAUGGUGAUCUUGGAGAUGAUGUUGACAGAGAAUCUAUUAUAAUAAUUCCAGAUGAAUUGUUGAUCAGAGAAUCGAAAGAUCCGAUUUCGGAUAUGGUUAAUUUUGUUUACCCGAAUCUCUUGGAUAAUAUUUUAGAUCAGACGUUCUUUAAAGAACGUGCUAUUCUAACUCCUAAAUUGUCCGAUGUUGCUAUGUUAAACGAGCACCUAAUGUCUAUGAUUCCUGGUGAAGAAAUGACAUUUUUGAGUUCGGAUAAAAUUCUGAAGCAAGAUGUGACUUCCUCCGUUAAGGAUGAUGAAUUCACACCUAAGAUCUUAAAUACAUUAUCAUGUUCGGGGAUUCCUGAUCAUAAAUUAACCUUGAAGGUUAAAGUUCCAGUAAAGCUAUUAAGAAAUAUUGAUCAGUCGAGAGAUUUAUGCAAUGGCACAAGAUUGCUUAUUACAAAAUUGGGGAAUCAUGUUGUUGAGGUAAUUGUUCUUACAGGAAGCAAUAUAGGAGAACCUGUGUUAAUCCCUAUAAUGACGAUGAGCCUAUCAUGUCAUACAUUUCCUAUAAAUUUCCAAAGAAGACAAUUCCCCUUGAUUGUUUCGUUUGCCAUGACUAUCAAUAAGAGUCAAGGACAAUCACUUUCUCAUGCUUCAAUUUAUCUCCCUAAGCCUGUCUUCACUCAUGGACAAUUAUAUGUGGCACGGUCUAGAGUAAAGAACAAGCAUGGAUUGAAGAUUUUGAUACUUGAUGAAAAUGGUAACAUCGUUGUUUGGUACAGGAUUCGUAUUUCAUCCACAAUAGGUAUAUUGUUCACUGCUAUUUUUGCACAAACAGUGUUUCAUGGUAAUCAAUAG